AUGAGUAAUAACCUAAGCAAUGAUGAGAUACGAAUGUUUGGUAUUAUGCUUCUACUUACAUCCCCAGUUACCAACAUCCCUCCAUCUCUUUCAGUGAAAAUAGGAAGCAAUCGUGCCUUGCUUGCUCUCCCUGGGGUUGGUGAUGCUUCUUUAGAUCCCAACCAAAAACAAAUUGUGGGAAAGCUCCGAUUCAGAUUGAAAAAGAAAGUAUCCAGUGGGGUUUCUGCACAGCUGUUCAUGGAACCUAUUUCUAAGUUUUCCGGCAGCCUUUUUGAUACUGACGAUAGCAUGAGAGAUCAAAGAAAUACCAGAACAGCUCUUCAAGAAAAACACAAGUCAGCAAUGAAAGGGAAGAUGCUUCCAGGGACUAACACUAAGGUGCUGUCCCCCGUCUCAGCAGCAAGCAGCUUUCCUGGUGGGAGUGGCUGGAUCCCAGAGGAAUUGAGAGCAGUGGAUGUGCCGCAGCCCCCACUGAAGGGGAUCAUGACUGCACGGCUGCCAAAAGAUGGUGUAGCGGACUUGGCUGGGGUACAAGCAGGAGACAAAGUGGCAGAGGCAUCCCUCGUUUCAGAACCCGACACCCUUGAUGCUGGUCCUGCUGAAGCUUCAUCCAAGGGCAGCCCCUUCCCACCAGUAAACCAUGUCAUAACAGUCACUUCUCAAGAAUCUGGAACCAAACCAUUGACCUUCACGUUUGUACCAUCCAUUGGACGACUUCCAACUCAUUUUGAGGUUGUGGAUGUCUCUAAGUUCCUUGUGACAAUCCCAGAGGAACCAAAGCAUCUGAGCAAUCAAGAACUUAUAAAUAAGUCUAAUGACAUCUCUGAUGAGCUGGCCUUAAAAAGCGGGGCCAGACAAGACUCUGUCACCACCAUCCAUACAGACAACACCCGAACGACUUUCCAGUCCCCAGAGUGUAACUCGAGCAAAGGAGAAAUGCAGGAGAAUGACCUUUUUAAGGCUGAGUUUAUUCUGAUUACUGAUUCCGGUGAUGAAGAUGAAGUCGCUGCUGCCUCAAACAACGUUCACCAGCCUUCCAAUGGCUAUGGUCCCAUCAGCGCUCAGCUGCUGGCCACGUCCCACGUUUCCCCUGGCACUGGGUCAGGGAAACCUCCUGGUGAUGGGCACGUUCCAGGUGCUGCACUUUCCCCCAGCACUGCUGAUCCACAAAAACAUCAGCAGUACAAGAUCAAGACAAGCUACAAGGCAUUUGCAGCAAUCCCUACAAACACAUUACUUAUGGAACAGAAGGCAUUAGAAGAGCCAACCAAGAUUGCUAGUGUGACUGAAGGCACUGCUUUGGACACCCAUUCAGAGAUGUGCUCCCCUGCCCAGCUCAGACAACAAACAGAAGAGCUGUGUGCUGUCAUUGAUCAAGUCCUGCAGGACCCAUUGACUAUGCGACGAUGCGAAUCUUCUCCAAGUUUCCUGCAGAUGAGCACAGAGUCAGAUGUUGGCAAGGUAUCAACAACACUGCAGAGAGCAGCCGGGCGGGAAACAAGAUAUGCCAGCCUUUACAAAUCGACACCUAUGGUAACAGACAGUCAGCUGACAGAACCAAGUGUUAGUCGGCCUGUGCUGGGUAGAUGACAGAGUGCACAGCAAAAGGAGGAGUCCUAUCAACCCAAUCCAUUUAAAAAGUACCUUGAAGAAAUCAGUGAUCAAGAUAUUGAGCAGCCCAGUCAUCCCAUAGUGCCUAUUCCAGAAAACGAAACACUCAGCUCUAAGGAGGUUGCCAAUGAAAGAGGUUCUGUUUAG